CUCCCCAGCACCAAUUCAUCUCCAACCACAGAAGUCAACCAGUCAUGUUCCCAACCCUUCUCCUUGCCGUCCUCCUCUCCCUCCUCUCCCCCUCCUCCGCGGAAGACUUCUGUGUCGGCGAUCUCUCCCUUCCCACCACUCCCUUCGGCUUCUCCUGCAAGAAACCAUCCACCGUCACCAUUCAAGACUUCGUCUUCUCCGGGCUGGCCUACUCCGCCGGAAAUACCUCCAACUUGAUCAAAGCCGCAGUGACCCCAGCCUUCGUCUCCAGCUUUCCCGGCCUCAAUGGCCUCGGCAUCUCCGCAGCCCGCCUUGACCUCGACCUUGGCGGCGUCGUCCCUCUCCACACCCACCCCUCCGCCAACGAGCUCCUCCUGGUCACACAGGGCUCUAUCUUAUCCGGUUUCAUCUCCUCCUCCAAUUCAGUCUAUUAUAAAACGCUGUCCCAGGGAGAUAUAAUGGUGUUUCCUCAAGGCCUGCUUCACUUCCAGGUGCAGUGCGGCGGAGCGCCGGCUGCGGCAAUUGCUACUUUUAGCAGUCCGGACCCGGGGUUGCAGAUUACGAGCUUUGCGCUGUUUGGGAAUUCGUUGCCGUCGGCGUUGGUGGAGAAGGUGACAUUCCUGGAUGAUGCGCAGGUGAGGAAGCUGAAGGGAGUGCUGGGGGGAAUUGGCUGACACGGCGAAGUACACAGCCCGGAGCUGCAGGAGUUGAUAAUUUGUGUUUUAGUUGCCUUAUUGUUCUGGUUCCAGUAGUAGAUUUUGAAUAAGGAGCUAUUUGAUUUUGAGCUUGGUGCAUGUAAUUGUUUCAGUUUGUUUUGCGUCGUAAUCGGGUUUGUGUUCGUCAUUUCUUAUCAUUAAAUAAAAGUUUGUGUUGGUGAA